UUCUGCUAACAAACGCCGCCCUCUCCAGAACGUCUAUUUCUUAUUUCUCAAUUCUCCUCCAGAAAGAAUGCUUAUCCUACACCCCUCCACAUCUCUUCUUCUUCAUUUUCCCGCCAUAUCGACUACUCCCUCCCAUUUUCAACCAUUCAAAGAGAACAUAUAAAAUGCCCAAAUUGUACUCGAGCAGAAAGUUUUGAUAAAGAAGAUGUGAUGAUGAUUAUCACUCUGAAGGAAAUGAAGACGAAAGGAUUGAAAAGAAGCAAAAGCUUUUCGCACAGGAUUUCUUCCAUGGAUAACCAUCUUCAAAGUUACAUUCAACAUGAAAAAUGUUUUCUGGAAGCUCAAGUUCUCGGAAUUGGCAAACAAUGGAUUAUGACAUCCUUGUCAAGAUUUUUACGGUCCUCAACCUUACAGAUAUGGUUUUUGGUGUUUCUCGAGUUUGUAAGUCAUGGCGUUUUGCUUGUCGUGAUCCACUUCUUUGGGCGACACUUAAUUUGAAUAGGUUGAAGGCUAACUCCGCUGACAUUCUCCCCUCAGAAACUUGUGCUUUGUUGGAUAACCAGUCUAGUUGGUGGAGAGUAAUGUGUAUCUUGAAGAAUGCUUUCAAUCUCGGUUGCAAUAAUGUGACGCGGUUGAUUUUCCAUUACUCAAUGUAUAUCAAUGAUGAGCACUUGGUCUAUGCAGCUAUAAGGUUCCCCAGAGUCAAACAUCUUGUUUUACCACCUUGUAAUCAGAUUACAGUGGAUGGAUUUCAUGCUGCUAUCCAGAGGUGGCAAGAGCUUGUGUCUUUGAUUGUUCCAUACAUCUGUAGUCCCUCUAAGAUAAUGCAGAUGAUAAGCGCCAACUGCAAAAACUUCUCGAUUCUAAAAGUAAUGCUCCCUUUUGACCUUGAAUUUGCUACUACCUUAUUUAUCUAUCUUCCAGGGCUUAAGGUAUUGAGUCUUCGGUCUGCAAUGGUAGAAAAAAAUGCUUUGACCAUUAUUUUGAAGCUCAUGGAUGGCCUGGAGAAGUUAAACUUAUCUCACUGCCGGCUCAUAGAAGUACCAAGAACUCCAGGUCCUGUCACCCUCUUCCGGGAAAUGGAUAAUUCAAUCAUCGCGAAAGCCUCACAUCUCAAGGAGUUUUGCUAUUGCCAGGAGCUGUCCUGCAGUAUCUGUUUGUUUGAGCAUACUGAUGAAAAUUUUCUCAGGUGGUAUGCCUAUGAUGAAGGACUUUGGCGGGAGGAUGAAAUAACUUCCCUUGCUUUUUGACAUGGGAAUCUAGAAAUUGCAUUUCUGGGUUCUAAGCUUAUCAUUAGAACUCAAACUAUAUAAAGAAAUGCUUUAAUAAAAUAACAGACAUUUUAGCAA